AUGUCUUUCGCGUCAGCCACUCGAUGCACUUUUGUCGUAGUAGGACUUUCCACUUUAUUGGACCAAUAUCAUUGCGAUGAGAUGGUAAAUAAAAGUCGGGAUUCCAUGUGGGCUGACGCUCAGAUGAAAAUCCUUUUGUUGACUCUUUUGGGUCUUGUGCUCUUAAUUCUUUUAGGGUUUCUGGGUGAGUUUUAAUGUUAACCAUCACUUUGACCGACUCACAGUGCGGAUAUUUCCGAUUUCAUUUGGAUGUCAGGAUGUAUCUGCUGCUUUUGCCGGAUUUCGAAGGCUGUGGAGCUGACAUCCGAUGGCCUCGAUGUCUACGCCCCACGAACCCAGAGCAUCGUGUGGCCCACUUUACCCCAGGAGACGGCCCGCGUCCUGGAGCUGACCUUCCUGCACACCACCAAGGUCAACUGCCUCUGUAGCAACUGUCGCAUCGCCAGGAGUUCACUGUGCACAGGAAACUGUGGGGUAAACAUGGCCAGGUGGACGUUGCUGCUGUUCGCAUCGAUAACCCUUGAUCCCCUGGUCAAAUCCGAUGAAAACUUUACAGACUUUGACUGGCUAAAUGAAACGCAGCUGCUGCAAAUGUUUGAGUUCGAUAACGAAAACAAUACUGGCGAGAAUUCCACGGAAUUAGAUUUGAACACGCUGGUGGAGACCUCUAUUGUUGGCCAAACAGUUGCAAAUAUAAGCAGCAAUGGGGAAAUUGAAUUCCCAAUAGAAGAUCUGAGGCAGCAUAGGCACUAUGCUCGCUUUGUCUUUAUGGUUCUGCUUCUACACAUUGCAGUUGUGGGAGUUGGGAUUACCAUCUAUAGCUGUGUCUACUGUAAAGUCAGGACCCUGAAGAAGCUCUCUAGAAGAGAGGCGCAACGGCGAUUGCAACUGACGAACCUGCGGACGGAGCACAUUCCCAAUUCCCGUGAUUGCCCGUGCCACGGAUGCAUUUUGGCCAGGGAAAUGCUGCAGGGUUUGAUCAUGCAGCAGUUGCAGGAAUUGGUGGAAUGCUGACACAGGAUGCUAUGCUGGGGAGGAAUUUAUUGGAGACGUGUAGGCAACCUUCGGCCUUCGAUAUUGAUUCAGAUGCAAGCAAG